GGCGUUGCGAGUGCGAGAAUAGGGACAUUCUCGUCAGCCGUCUUUUCGGUCAUGAUUACGUUGUUUUGAUUAGGUGGACGAGGGCAGGGAUUCAUCUUGGCUUGACACUUGAGCUUUGAAAGAAUGCGUCGGGUAACGUCUACAUCCACCCCAGAGAGACCAGCAUAGAUGUGAAGAAUUGCUGUUAAAUUGGUAAAAUUCCCCACCUUAUCCUCGAAAUCUUGACAGCUCUCAAGUGUAAUUUGGGUGCAGCCAUCUAAAAUGGAAAACUCCACUGAAGACUACAGGAUCCAGUCAUUUGACCUAGACACACAGGUUUUGCUGAAAACAGCCUUGAAAGAUCCAGGUUCAGUGAACCUGGAGAAGGUUUCCAACAUCAUCGUGGAUCAGUCUUUGAAGGACCAGGUGUUCAGCAAAGAGGCAGGACGCAUCUGCUACACCAUUGUGCAGGCUGAGGCCAAGCAGAGCAACGGAAACGUGUUCAGGAGAAACUUGUUGAAUCGACUCCAGCAGGAGUUCAAGGGCCGGGAGGAGACCAGGGGGCGCUCGCUGCAGGAGUGGGUGUGCUAUGUCACAUUCAUCUGUAACAUCUUUGACUACCUCAAAGUGAACAACAUGCCGAUGGUGGCCCUGGUUCAUCCUGUGUAUGACUGUCUGAUAAGACUGGCUCAGCCAGAUGCUCUAAUGAAUGAGGAAGAGGUGGACUGCCUGGUGCUGCAGCUGCAUCGCAUCGGAGAGCAGCUGGAGAAGGUGAACGGCCAGCGGAUGGACGAGCUGUUUUUCCUGCUGCGGGAUGGCUUCCUGCUCCAGGAGGGCCUGAGCUCCAUGGCCCGUCUGCUGCUGCUAGAGAUCCUGGAGUUCAGGGCCGGAGGGUGGAUGCUCAGCAGCACCGCCCACAAGUACUACUACAGUGAAAUCGCGGACUAGGACAGUUGCAAGGACUAGGGUGCCAAGCAGCUUUUUGGCAGCUGCAUUAGGAAACGUUCAAGCACCUUGGACACCUCUGCUUAGUCGCCACCAAGUCUAAAACCAGCAGUUUCACAACGGACAGCGACCCCUUCCAGGUAAUCAGCGGAGGGUUUGUGAAGAUGGCGGCUCAUAGUGUAACAAGACUUUGAUUUUGCUGGAUUGUUCCCUGCGUUUGAUAAUAUUACUGAGACAUAGUGCCGUGGAUGUGAAACGUGCAAUAGUUCAAAGGAGCUGAAGUUCAGUUCGCGAGGUUUAGCCACAUUCAGGAACACUUUGUUUUAAAGGAGUUUGUUUUAAAGUUUGAUUACAGCUAGAGAAGCUGAAGAUAUUUUUUAUGUUUUUUUAAAAAAUCUUUCUAGCAUUCCUCUUUUGAGAAAACAUUUCAACUUAUUUUUUACCAAAUCUAAAGGAGUUGGAAAAGACAUUCCAGUCAGAUGCAAGCUGAUUUGGUCUUUGCUUUACCUUUUAUUGUUGUGUGACCAAUUUUUUAAUUAAUUGAAGAUAAAUAUUUUAAAUAUUUAGUUUAAUAUUUUAUUGUAGAAUUGAGUUUUACAAAAGGUUUGAGUUGCAGUUCAGAGGAAUUUUCUGCCUAAUUUUUCCUGUGGGAUUCCUGUGUGACUGUUUCUUUGCCACUCGACAUGUGAAGCUCAGAUAAAACAUUGUCUUAAUUCAGGGAUUUUCUUUUCUUUCUUUCUUUUUUUGUUGCAGCUCAACUUAAAAAUAAAAGACCAAGAGUUUGGUUAGAUUUCAUAUUUGAAUUUUUCUACAGAUAAAUAGGUCAGAUAUUGAAUUGAUUUCUGGAUUUACAAGUUUCAUAUGUAAACAAGUUGUGCCAAUGUAACAUGCACAGGAUCAUCCGAAACAGCUGAUUUUGACAGAGCUUAAACUCUUAAUUUGUAGUCAAGGUGCUUGGAGAGUAGUUAAUUUCCACCCAUUACAUAUAUCCCAUCGCAUGAGCAUUAAACUAGAGGAAAAGUAUUUUGCAUUUGAAUUCAGGUUCCAUCAGCACUGGCAAUGCUAUGUAGCUGAACUCAAGUUUUACUUUGGAGUCUGUUGUUACAUCUGUUUAUUGUUUAUUUCAGUGACAGCUCUGAGGUCUACAACCAAAGCUGUGCCUUGGAAUCAGACACAAGCAUAGGACAAAUUUCAUGUAGUUAAAAUGUGACACCUCUUUGAAAUGACUUGAUUUUGAAAACCUGUACCUGUAAAAUGUAAAUAAGUAAAGCUUUAUAUAAAGUUUACUUUCACAGCAUUCAGACAAAUCAGCGAAACUUGAAUUCCUAGAAAGAAUUCUCAAGGUUUGAAUAAAAUACAAUUUGUAAAAAAUGGUCAGGACUUAGGAAAUUUUGUAUAUGUCCCAAAAUCCUUUUUUCUAGUAGUAUUUGAAGAUUUACACAUACAUUUUGGUAUUUGUCACUACAUUCAGAGCAGAAAUGGGCUCAACAAUGUUACUGACUG